AUGGCGCCUUUGCUUUGUCUCCACUGAAAGGGUUGCUUCAAUAUUCUAACAUUUUUCUAAAAUACAAAGUACUGAGAAUUAUCAGUUUUGCAUCUCCGGGACGACGUGCCAAGAACUACACGUGUCUCAGUCAUUCAAGAAAUGACAAAAGAGUACAGUAAAAUGAGUAAGGCCUCAGCUGAAUCUACAGACCAAAUGAUGGAGGAGGAAGUAGGUCAGCCUCCGAUUACAGACCAGAUGAUGGAGGAGGAGGAAGUAGAUCAACAUCCGAUUACAGACCAGAUGAUGGAGGAGGAGGAGGAACCUGGGAGCUCAGCAGAGACUGAGAGACCCUCCUCUUCUCACACCAAGAGGAAGCCUGCUGUCGCAGCCAAGCACACUGGAGGGAAUAAGUCUGACGCCUCGGACGAGAGUGGACAGGAAGAUGGGGCCUCUGACAACCCCUCAGAUGGCAUGUUGGUGGUACGGCCUCCCGCUGGGACUGACAACAAGGAGAGCAGAGGAGCCAUGAAGCUCCGAGUGGAACUCUCAAGGAGAAAGACAGAUACCACUCUGCAGGAGAGAAUAGACUGCACCGCCUGUGGACAGCAGGUUAACCACUUCCAGCGCCACUCAGUGUUUGAGCACCCCAUGCUCCAUGUGCUCCUCUGCAAGUCGUGCUAUAAGUAUUACACCAGCGAUGACAUCAAUAAAGACGAGGACGGCAUGGACGAACAGUGCAGGUGGUGUGCUGAAGGCGGUAACCUGAUCUGCUGUGACUACUGCCACAACGCCUUCUGUAAGAAGUGCGUCCUGCGUAACCUGGGGCGCAAGGAGCUGUCCAUGAUCACCGACGACGACAGUAAAUGGUCCUGCUAUAUCUGCAGCCCUCAGCCCCUCUCAGACAUCGCCUCCAACUGCUCCAACAUCAUGACCAAGCUGGAGAGCUUCUGGCGUACGGGACGCAAGAAAGAGAGGGAGGUGAAAGGGCACAGUAAGGCUAAAGGUCACCACCACCAUGGUAAAGCUGUGGUGAACGGUAAGGAGCAUUCAGACGGGUCAGGGACCCUCACCUUCUCCUAUAAGACCCUGAAAGUCCCCAAGGAGCUGGUGAAGAGGACCAAGAAGCUGAUUGAGACGACCACAGGGCUCAACAACACCUUCAUCCAUUUCAUCCAGCAGGCUGAGGAGGAGCAGGGAGCAGGAGGAGGUGGCAGCGGGACCAGACACCUCAAGGCCUUCAGGUCUGUUUUGGCUGACCUGAAGAAGGCCCAUGCUGCCCUAGAGGAGGACUUGGAGUCACAGUUCAUUUCCCCGGACCAGGGGCUGCAGAACGGGGAUGCUGUCUCCAACACCGACGGCCACGACCAGAUUGACAACAUGGUUGAGGAUGGACAGGAGGCAGAAGAGGAUAAAAUGGCCGACACUGAGGAUGGGGAGGAGCUAGAGGAGGAUGGGGGCUUGUCAGAGGACGCAGAGAUGGAGGGGAGCCCUGCGCCUCAGGACCACUCGGACACAGAGACAGACAGCCAGGCCAAAGACCAGACAGCAGUGAAAGUGGAGGAGGAAGAAGAAGAAGAAGAGGAGGAGGAGGAGGAGGAGGAGGAUGGAGAGGAGGAUGACCGGGAUAAAGACAUUGUGUCCGUCGGGCCGUCCGUCCCUGACGAGCUCUUCCAAAUGGUAGAGAGUCUGGCGGACUCCGCAGGGUUAACGCCCGGCAACGACGCCAUGGAACCCACAGCUGCUAGCCAAUCCGAGAGCCCCGCCGCCGGCUCAAACAGGAAGUCACUUGAAACCCAUAAGGAGAAGGCCAUGCCCAAGGUGAAGAACCUGAUCGUGAAGCUGACACCCGUUCCCGUGGUUACCACACGCACCUCCAGGUCUAAGAGUAAGGAUGGAGGGAAGGAGAGGAGUAAGGAUGGAGGGAAGGAGAGGAGUAAGGAUGGAGGGAAGGAGAGGAGUAAGGUUGGAGGGAAGGAGAAGGAGAGGAGUAAGGAUGGAGGGAAGGAGGAGAGUGAGGUGGAGGAAGGUGCGGGCUCUGAGGAGGACAGCCGUCGCUCCAGCCGCACAAAGACCACACCCCUCAGGAAGUCACCGGACGGGAAGAACAAGAUGGCCGAAUCCUCUCAGGAGAACAGCGACUCAGAGACUCCCAGCAGGCUGAAGAGUAGAACCAAAGGCAGCUCGGAGAAGGAACGUGAGGAGGAGGAGGAGCAGAGCAAUGCCUCCUCCAAGGUGACCGCUGACCCUUCUAAACAAGAAGUGGACUCUGACUCUGACGAGGUUCCGGACAUCCUGCUCCAGACUGCAGAGGCGGAACAAAGCUCGGACGAGGAUGCACAGCAGGACGCCGAUGGUAACGAGGGUAACAGGAGCUUCAAAAGAUGCCAGUUCAAACUCAGCAAGAAAGACGGAGAGGAGGAGGAGAAUGACAAGGUGAAGACUGAGAAGAAGCUGGCGGCCAAACGCAAACUGAAAGUCGACGAUUCAGACAACUCAGAGUCCGACUCAGACGAAGACGCGAAGAAGAAGAAGAAGAAGUCCUCCACGGCUUCUGCCAAAAAGACAUCCAAGAAGAAGAACUCGGACGGCUCCUCUAACUCCGACUCUGACCUGGAGAAGGAGAUGAAGGGACUCAGCAAACUGGGGCCGGGGAAACGGAGGAGCAGCCGCGUGAAGAAAGAAAGAGAGGAGAAGGAGAACAAGGGCGGGGAUCGGAGGCGGUCGUACGAACUGAAACGCAAAGCCAGAGGUAGAGGAGCCAAGCAACAAGAUUCAUCGUCUGAUGACGUGGAGGAGGAGGGAGGAGAAGGAGGGUCGGGAGAGGAGAGUGGAGACCAGCAGAAGAUUAAACCCAUCGUGGAGGAGACGGUGGUAGCAGGGAGGGGAACCUUCCACCAGUCCUCAGGAGAUGAAGGUAAACAUGACGCUUCUCAGAUGGCUGAUGAGGAGGACGAUGAUCCAGAGAACAGAAUUGCCAAGAAGAUGCUGCUGGCCCAGAUCAAGGCUAACUACUCUUCAGGAGCGGAGGAGAGCUCUGACGAGGACGGAGAAGAGAAGGAACAGAAGAAGGGGAAGGGAGGAGAGGAGCAGGAGGAGGAAGAAGACGAUGAUGAUGAUGAUGAAGGGGGUUCUGGCUCUGACGUGGACGUGAAGAAAAGUGUGGGGCGUCGCCACCGGCUGCUCCGCCACAAACUGACGCUGCACGAAGUGGAGUCGGGAGAGAAGGAGAAACCAGCCAGCAAGGGGAAGAAGGAGACCAAGAGGAACAGACGGAAAGUGGGUAGUGAUGACUCAGCAGACUCAGACUUUAAGGAGGCAGCGAGCAGCAGUGAGUCAGGAGUUAGUGAGGAGAUCAGUGAGAAGGAAUCGUCGUCAGAGGAGGAGUCGGAGUCUGAGAAGGAAGGCAGUAGCCACAGGAGGACCACUCGCUCCUCCAAGAAGAAGAAGAAGAAGAAGAAGAAGGAGGAGAGGAGCUACGCCCAGAAGAAGAAACGGCGCCGCAUCAAGGUCCAGGAUUCUUCAUCUGACGAGAAGAGCGGGUCAGGAGAGGACGGCUCGGGGAAGGAGGAUGGAGACACUCCUAAAGGACAGAGGAAGAAGAUCAGAAAAAUCCUCAAGGACGACAAGCUGAGGAUGGAAACGAGGGAUGCCCUGAAGGAGGAGGAGGAGAGGAGGAGACGCAUCUCGGAGAGGGAGCAGCUCAGGGAGAAACUCAGAGAGGUACUCGUGGUGGAGGAGGCGUCUGCCGUGGCUUGUCCAAUCACAACCAAGCUGGUGCUGGAUGUAGACGAGGAGACCAAGGAGCCCAUGGUGCAGGUCCACCGCAAUCUGGUCACUAAACUCAAACCACACCAGGUCGACGGGGUCCAGUUCAUGUGGGACUGCUGUUGUGAGUCGGUGAAGAAAACCAGCAAGAACUCUGGUUCUGGAUGUAUCCUGGCUCACUGUAUGGGCCUGGGAAAAACACUGCAGGUGGUAACCCUACUCCACACACUACUGCUGUGUGAAAAGUUAGACUUUUCCACGGCUCUGAUCGUCUGUCCUCUCAACACGGUUCUCAACUGGCUCAAUGAGUUUGAGAAGUGGCAGUACGGCUUCAAGGAUGAGGAGAGUUUAGAGGUGACGGAGCUGGCCACGGUGAAGCGACCUCAGGAGAGAGCGGCUGCUCUGCAGCAGUGGCAGGAGGAUGGAGGGAUCAUGAUCAUUGGCUAUGAGAUGUACCGUAACCUCACACAGGGUAGAAACAUCAAGAGCAAGAAACUCAAAGAGACCUUCCAGAAGACCCUGGUUGACCCAGGCCCAGACUUUGUGAUCUGUGAUGAGGGCCACAUCUUGAAGAACGAAGCGUCGGCCAUCUCUAAAGCCAUGAACUCCAUCAAGACCCGACGGAGAGUGGUGCUCACCGGCACACCACUGCAGAACAACCUCAUAGAGUACCACUGCAUGGUGAACUUCAUCAAGGAGAACCUGCUGGGGUCAGUGAAGGAGUUCAGGAACCGCUUCGUCAACCCCAUCCAGAACGGGCAGGCAGCAGACUCCACGGACCAGGACGUACGGAUCAUGAAGAAGAGGGCUCACAUCCUCUACGAGAUGCUCAAUGGAUGUGUACAGAGAAGAGACUACUCUGCCCUGACCAAGUUCCUGCCUCCUAAACAUGAGUACGUUGUGUCUGUCAGAGUCACGCCCAUCCAGUGUACUCUAUACCGACACUACCUGGAGCACUUAACAGGUGCGGGGAACGUGGUGGAAGGGGGUCGGGGUCGAGCCGGGACCAAACUCUUCCAGGACUUCCAGAUGCUCAGCAGAAUCUGGACCCAUCCCUGGUGCCUGCAGCUGGACUACAUCAGCAAAGAAAACAAGGGGUACUUUGAUGAGGACAGCAUGGAUGAGUUCAUCGCUUCGGAGACCGAGGAAUCUUCUUUAAGCAUGACCUCUGAAGACGAGAAACAGAAAAAGAAGAAGAAGCGGGGGAAAGCCAGGAAGAAGGACAGCGACUCAGACAGUGAUGCUCUGGAGGUAAUAAAGGAAUGGAAUACCAGCUCCCGAGGAGGAGACCCUUCCAGCCGUAACCGGGCGGAGCCAGAGGAGGAAGUGCGUCCAGCCUCCAGCCCUGGCACCAGGAGUCCUGACUGGCACAAAGAGUUUGUUACGGAGGCCGACUCUGAGAUCCUGGAGCAUUCUGGGAAAAUGGUGCUGCUGUUUGAGAUCCUCCGCAUGGCCGAGGAGGUGGAGGACAAAGUUCUGGUGUUCAGUCAGUCUCUGAUCUCUCUGGACCUGAUCGAAGACUUCCUGGAGCUGGCUGGCCGAGCCAAAGAGGAGGAGAAACCCUCUCCUUACAAAGGUGAAGGGAAGUGGUUCCGGAACAUAGACUACUACCGUUUGGACGGCUCCACCAACGCCCUGAACCGGAAGAAGUGGGCCGAGGAGUUCAAUGACUACAGCAACGUCCGAGGUCGGUUGUUCCUGAUCUCGACCAGGGCUGGUUCUCUGGGCAUCAACCUGAUAGGAGCUAACCGGGUCAUCAUCUUUGACGCGUCCUGGAACCCGUCGUACGACAUCCAGAGUAUCUUCAGACUCUACCGCUUCGGACAGCUCAAGACCUGCUACGUCUACCGAUUCCUGGCUCAGGGUACUAUGGAAGAGAAGAUCUAUGACCGCCAGGUGGCUAAACAGUCUCUGUCCUUCCGAGUGGUGGAUCAACAGCAGAUCGAGAGACAUUUCACCAUGAAUGAGCUGACAGAGCUCUACGCCUUUGAACCUGACCUUCUGGAUGAUCCCACUGGCAAGAAGAGCAAGAGGACCACUCCUAUGCUGCCAAAGGACCCCUUCCUAGCUGAGCUGCUCCACAGCAAUAAGGAGCAGAUUGUGGGCUAUCAUGAACACGACUCCCUGCUGGAUCACAAGGAAGAGGAGGCUCUCAGCGAAGAGGACCGCAAAGCAGCCUGGGCCGAGUACGAGGCGGAGAAAAAGGGUCUGUCUAUGCGUGUGAACCAUGGAGCGUACGGAGGACAGAUGGACAUGGGAGGAGCUAACAGCUUCUUCCCCUUCAACGUUGCCGCACUGGCCUCUAUGUCCAACCCCCAGCUGGAGGAGUUGAUCAACCAGGGCCGUCAAAAGGUGAUGGAGGCCACCAACGCUCUCAAGUUCCUCCCCAGAGAAUCUCUAGAGGACACCAUCGGGAGAGUGUGGAGGGAGAACCCAGCCCUAACGGAGUCCCAGGUCCACGCCAUGGCUCUGGGGAGACAGGCCAGUGUAGAGAUGGAGCUCAAACAUAGAGAAGCUGUCUACAGAGACGUCCUCAAUAAGCAACAGACUCUGAUGAUGUACGUUCAGAAGGUGAUCACCAACAGGAAGGUGAGAGAGCAGCAGAUCGCCAUGGCCAACCAGGCCCAGCUGAUGAGCCAGAUGAACGGCAUGCUGGGAGCUGGAGGGAUGAGCCAGAUGGAACUCUUGGGGUUGUACCAACAGCUGGGGGCGCUACAGGGUCAUCCCACCCACCCCUCCAUGGGCGGCAAGAACCCCGGCCCCUCCAAGGGCAACCUGUAAGGGGAGGUGGACCCAGGGCGUGCCCUAAAUAGUGCACUAUCCCCUACAUAGUGCACUUUCCCCUACAUAGUGCACUAUCCACUAUCCAUAUUGGCUGAGUGCGCAACGUUAGACCAAUGUAGCGAAUAUGGUUCCAUUUGUGACCCAGACUGCCCCCUCGACGUCUCAGUAGGCUGCUCCCUAAUGCUGCUCCGUCUCCUACGUAGUGCACUAGAUGGAGCCCGGAGCCCUAGGGUUUUUGGUUAGAAGUAGUGCACUACGUAGGGGAUAUAAGGGUGUGAUCUGGGAACGUAGCCGCUGCCUACUUUACAACCCUUCUUCACUGGGGAGAGACGACACCAGAGAGAAGGGUCUCGGAGCCCCUCACCACUCUUUCCUGUCUCCUGAAGGAGGAGAGCAGGGAAUGAAAUGACUUGUAUAUGAAGGGGUUUUAGCAAUUUAAAUUCUGUAUAUACCGCCUUAAUGUUAUUCCAUGUUUCUUCUAUAGUUCACGUGUAUUUAAAGGAAAAACGUAAAACAUUGCGUUAUUCUUUCCACUUAAAAGGAGGGUUUGUUUAAGUAAUUGAUUAUUCUGUAAGUUGUGUUUUUUAUACAGUUUUAAUGAAUGCCUAUCUAAAUAACCCCCAGAGGGUGACCAUAGUGCUGACUAACGGGUGACAGGACUAUUUUAGGAUAUUAAACAGCUACAAGAUUGGAUCCCCCUAUAGAACCCUCCCUCCACCGAGACCCGCGGGCUAGCAGACACGCGGGCUAGCAAGCUAGCAGACACGCAGGCUAGCAGACACGCGGGCUAGCAGACACGCGGGCUAGCAGACCCGCGGGCUAGCAGACCCACGGGCUAGCAGACACGCGGGCUAGCAAGCUAGCAGACACGCAGGCUAGCAGACCCGCGGGCUAGCAGACACGCGGGCUAGCAAGCUAGCAGACACGCAGGCUAGCAAGCUAGCAGACACGCAGGCUAGCAGACACGCGGGCUAGCAGACACGCGGGCUAGCAGACACGCGGGCUAGCAGACACGCAGGCUAGCAAGCUAGCAGACACGCAGGCUAGCAAGCUAGCAGACACGCAGGCUAGCAAGCUAGCAGACACGCAGGCUAGCAGACCCGCGGGCUAGCAGACACGCAGGCUAGCAAGCUAGCAGACACGCAGGCUAGCAGGCAGCUAGCCUUCCAUUUCCUAAAGUUUUGUGUAAAUGAGAUUUGAGAAUGAUUUUCUAUCUGCUUGUAGCUCUUAAUAUUUCCACUGUUUAUCUCUGAUCACGGUUAUUAUAAUAGUAAUAUGGAAUGCUCUUGUGUCGUUUAAAACAAACUGUCUCCCCUCUCUCGCUCGCCCCUCACUCACUUCCCCGGGACUCUCUCUCUCUUUGUAAAGCUCAUGCUCUUGUUGUCACGUUGUUGCCUCGCGUAGCUCCAUAUCCCAGGGUGCUCUUCAUCGUUUUCUUUCUGUUCCGCUUGUCGCAUCUUAAUCCAUCCCUGGUGAAGGACUGGGUAGAGGAAGGUUGGCGUGGUUCACCAAGCAAGGUCAUGUCCAGCUCUUUUUUUUUCAUUAUGGGUGGGCCCAGCGGGAAUCAAACUCGCCAUCUUGACGUUGCAAGUGCCAGGAUCAACUGAGCCACAAAGGACUGACGUUUGACACGUGUAGCUUUUAAAUCAGCACCCGAACCUUUCAAAAUGUUUUGGACCUUCUAAUUGAGAUUCCAGUGAGCCAUUCCUUAUCCAGACCUGGGUUAGCUGGCUAGCGGCACCAGACUUGGGUUAGCUUGGCUAGCAGCACCAGACCUGGGUUAGCUUGGCUAGCAGCACCAGACCUGGGUUAGCUGGCUAGCAGCACCAGACCUGGGUUAGCUGGCUAGCAGCACCAGACCUGGGUUAGCUUGGCUAGCAGCUCCAGACCUGGGUUAGCUGGCUAGCGGCACCAGACCUGGGUUAGCUGGCUAGCGGCUCCAGACCUGGGUUAGCUGGCUAGCGGCACCAGACCUGGGUUAGCUGGCUAGCGGCACCAGACCUGGGUUAGCUGGCUAGCGGCACCAGACCUGGGUUAGCUGGGCUAGCGGCACCAGACCUGGGUUAGCUGGGCUAGCGGCACCAGACCUGGGUUAGCUGGCUGGGAUUUACACACAGGCUACCUGUUCUCUACUAUAGUAGACACCCAGGCUACCUGUUCUCUACUAUAGUAGACACCCAGGCUACCUGUCCUCUACUAUAGUAGACACCCAGGCUACCUGUUCUCUACUAUAGUAGACACCCAGGCUACCUGUUCUCUACUAUAGUAGACACCCAGGCUACCUGUUCUCUACUAUAGUCAACACCCAGGCUACCUGUUCUCUACUAUAGUAGACACCCAGGCUACCUGUCCUCUACUAUAGUAGACACCCAGGCUACCUGUCCUCUACUAUAGUAGACACCCAGGCUACCUGUUCUCUACUAUAGUAGACACCCAGGCUACCUGUUCUCUACUAUAGUAGACACCCAGGCUACCUGUCCUCUACUAUAGUAGACACCCAGGCUACCUGUCCUCUACUAUAGUAGACACCCAGGCUACCUGUUCUCUACUAUAGUAGACACCCAGGCUACCUGUCCUCUACUAUAGUAGACACCCAGGCUACCUGUUCUCUACUAUAGUCGACACCCAGGCUACCUGUUACUCUCACUAAUAAAAGUCAGUGUUGUCGAUGUUACGAGGAGGAAGUGAUGACUGUCUGACCUGAUCUACCGGAGACGGAGUUCCCCCGUUUGCACAAUAAGGUGUAUUUCUGAAAUGUAGCCUGUCGCCCUCCCACUCUACUCUACCAAGAAUGUUCUUCUCAUGUUUAGCAAAUACCCCCAACUUGUUUUUGUUGCCAUUCAUUGAUUAAUCAGCUACUAUCUUGAAAAGUAUUUAAAAUAACAUUUAAUAAAGUGACCAAAAGGGUGA